AUGGAUUGCGCUGAGUCAGAACAUGCUUCAUACUAUUGGAUAAUGCAUUCUGUAUUCAUUAUAUCACUUCCUGUAUAUGCUCUCGCUAUUCUCGCCUUGUUACAAACAAAAUCGCCGUACUUUGAAAAGUAUAAAUUGUUUUUGAUCUGGCAUACUUCCACAAAUCUGUUGGCGGAAUUGUUGAAUUCAUGGUUCCUGCUACCUGUUGUUCAUCUGCCACUACCACUUCUCCGAUUCACUGGAUAUCUUUCUCUUUGGGGAUUCAGUGGCUUACUCCAGUUUCUCAUAAUUGGAUCAAUGAUUUAUUUAACUGCCUACUCGGUUUUCGAAAUGUUCAUGUUCCGUUUUCGAGUCAGUCUACUCAACUACAGAGCCACGUCAUUCUACUUAUACUUGAGAGUCAACACAUAUAUUUUCCGUGGCGUCUUACUGAUGUUUAUAAUUGCUAACUGUGUCACAUACACUUUUGGAUUAGAACUACAGGCCAAAAACAGACAGAAAUUAUUUUCUGAUCAUCAACCAGAUGCAUCUAUCCUAGUACUCUGUCCUACUGUCAUUGUGGCAGUUCCAUUAGAAGAUCCAGUUGCGAUGUAUAAUAUGGUCGUUUGGGUACUUGUUGUUUUUAUAACAAUCACUUCUACCUCUGCAACUACGGUUUAUUUGAAAAGAAACUUGAAAGAAAAUGCACAACAGUCUGCGGCAGUUGUAAGAAUGCAUAAGAUGCUGCUGAUAACUCUAGCAGUUCAGACUGCAAUCCAUGGCUUCAUGUUAGGUGCCCCAAACGCAAUGUUUAUAUUUGCAGGGUUUUUUGGAGUACGUCAUGAGUUCGUUGCGAAACUUUCAUUUAUCUCCUUGACGGUCCAUGGAUUCGCUUCAACGUUGGCCAUGAUUCUAUUGACGAAGCCUAUCAAGAACUCAGUUAUUCUCAUGUUGAAAUGCAAAAUGUUAGAUAAAUUGGUGGUGGAGGACACGAGAAGAAUGUCGCAUAAAUUUUGA